UUUUCUGAAUCAUAUAUAAACUGAUAUAUUUCCAAAUUUUUAAUUAUAAUACACUUUAACAGAAUUUACUAGUUGUGUAAGAUAUAAUAGUUUAACUAACGAAAACAUGUCUAAACUCGUGAUCGUAAUUUCAAUGGUAUUGGCAAUUGGAUUAGUGUCGGCGCAUAAUCUCACACCCGAGGACAUGAAGCAAGCUAAAUUGGUGUUUUGCGGUAAAUGCAAGGACGAGAAAGUUCAAAAGGAACUGGUCAACUUUGCCCAAUGUGCUCGAAAUGAUUAUAAGGACGAGGUGGACAAAAUCAUUAGUAUUAAACAAGCUAAUUCAAGUGACCAGGAUAAAUGUAUGAAAUUGAUCAAGGAUGAAUUUGACGCAUUUAAUAAGGCUAAUCCUGAUGGCAUGACCAAAAUCAUGAAAUGUUUCCACGACAAUGUCAAAAAAGAGGACCUGGCUAAAUGUACAUGUAAGGACGAUGGUGUGAAGGCAGACAUUUCCAAAUUCCUAGACUGCGUUAUGGGUCACUAUCCCAAAGAGUUGUCUAACAUAAUGGCCAUAAGAGAGACAACUAUUGAUAAUCGGGAUGAAUGUGUCGCUCAAAUCCAGGCAGAGAUCGAGACCUACACCAGGGCUGACCCAACGCGUGUCAUCCAAGUAAUGGACUGUUUCCGGGCUAAUGUGGUGACCCAACACCUCACUAAGUGCCAGUGA